AUGCAUAUGAACGUAACUCCGCAUGGAAUUACGUGUAAACGCGAGAACCUGACAGACACACGUCAAUCUUUCGUGCAUGCUUGCGUGUUGAAUCAACAGAUUGAAUCAGGGAGGAUUGCUUCAACUUGUACAGUCGUGUUUUGCCCCGAGUAUGUGACUGUACGUGUGAAUCCAGGUGACAAAUCUGACAAAUGUUUGAUACUGAAACCGACUGUUCUUCAUCAUGCAAUACAGCAAAAAGUUGAACUUAUGUAUGGCGAUUUUGGACUUUCUGCCAUAAAAUCUGGCUUUAAUGCUAAAUAUUUCAAUCACCAUACAAGGAUUGCGUUAAUUAAAAUUCGACAUGGACCACACAGACUUGUCAUUGAUUCGGUCCGUGCUGUCAGUGAAAUUGACAGUAAAAUUGCUUCCCUCGACAUUAUUUAUGUUGGGGCUACAAUGAAGCACUGCUUUCAAUUUAUCCAAAGAUAUCAGCGGAAAAAAUUAGAAAAGAUGUGGACGAGCCUGAAAAACUAUGAGAAGAAAACGGAAAUGAAAGAUGAUCUAAUGACAAUCACACCGAUUAUGAAAGAAUUCAAAUGAAGUAAAUACAUCCAGUCAUAUCUUUUUUUUUUUUUUUUUUUUUGUUUCGAGCAUUUUGGCACUCUAAUUUUUUUUUUUUAAAGCAAUGGAACAAAUGUAUGCGCUGAAUAUUCCAUGAAUUAGCAGGAUACGUUUUCUAUUAAUUGUGCUCUGAAGAAUUCAAAGAAAACAUCUAGGACAUCAUAGAGCAACCAGCUUUCACGAACAACUGCAUUGAUGCCUGAAGUAGAAAAUCUGUCAAGCUGAUUUAAAAAAUAAAGGUGAAUUCAUUUCACCUCUCAACCUGAUUUUAUCCUGAUAGGCUGCAGAGGAUAAUUAGAGUUGAACAGUAUUUUCUGUGACUCUGAUUUAUUGUUACACAAAGAACAACAACUGGAAACAACCGAAAAGUUGCUGUUCGUGCAAUAACGAAUAACAUUCUAAAGGACCCCUACAAGGGAAAAAUCAAUAGAUACCACGAGGCUUGAAUUCAGUUAAAUCUAACUAAUCAAACUGUAUGUUUUAGAGCCAAAUACAAAUCAUUGAAUGCUUGUCACAGGGAUAUGUUAUUUUAUUCAUACUGUUUUCAAGGGAUCGGUGUCCAAGAGUGAUAGGCUCACUUUGACAGAUUCACCUAGAAGCUGGCGUAAUUUUAUAGCAAAUAAUUUCAGGAAGCCUCGUUCUGAAUCUGAAUGAUUGGUGAGUAUAACAUUAGCUCCAAGAUGAAUGGCAUCCAAAAUAUCAUGGUGUAACAUCUCGCCUGUAAUGUAGAGGUCUGCCCUCACACCUUUUAAAACAGAUGAACCAGAGCCCGCACAGACCGCUAUCGAAGUAAUCAUGUCAUCUGUAAAAAUGAACCGAGUAAGGAAUUAAUUAGCGACAACAAACUUAUGGUAGAUACUGUGAGUCAUUAAAAACGAUUACUAUCAUACAAAAACGUCUGUAUGAUAUGCCAGUCGAACAUAGACAUUUAUAUAUUUCAAUUGAAGUACUAAUGACAGCAAGACAAUAUGUGACGAGUUAUUUAAAUUAUGGCAUGUCACACUGUGAAUUACUCUUGCAGAAUGAUUCACAUCACACAUAGUAUUAAAGUUUGAAACCUAAAUUUCGGAUGUUCAGAAAUUACAUUUUGACGUCACUAAAAGUUUUUUUUCUUCUAUAUUAUUUGAACACGAUAAUCAGUCAGUAGACUUCCUUAGUCCGGAAAUAAACGUGCACUAGAGAGGACGAACGAAAAUCGCGCUCCGCCAACUUCGAGCAUUGGGUCCUCUAUCUCCUAGGUACUGCGCUUCAGGUCCUCUACCUGGUGAAUUUUAAUUUCCAGAACUAGCGCUCCGUAGUUCCGGGGCUCCAGGUUUUAUACCUGGUGAAUUUCAACUUUUACGACUAGAGCUCUGUAGUUCCUGGGCUCCAGGUGUGAGAACUUAUCUUGUCUUAGUAAAUUAAUCAUGUGUAUUAAUAAAUAAAUGCGGAUAAUCACAUUCAUCGUGUCCCUUUGUAGAGUACUGCAAUGUCAUCGUUUAUAUUAAUAAGUUGCAAAAUUUCAAACGACACACCUGUUUUAUUUUAAGGACGUACAGACUGAGGUGAUUCGAGGUAUAUGUACAUUUUUUCGUGCAUUUAUAGGUUCUCAAAGAUAUUAAGACAUUGUAUCAUCCAAAUAUUCAAAGACCUACUGAAAACGCUCACCCAAUCUAUUUAACGAUCCUAGCAAGAGCACCAGCAUAACGCUAAUUAUGUAGUCAUAUAUACCUAUAUGACAAUAUAUAUUGUAAUGAUAUAUUUUCUUAAAAUUGAAUAUCUAUUUACAACGUCAUUAUCUAGACAUGCAGAUUCACCAGGUAGACUAUUAUAUAUACUUUACAUAUUACGAUGUAUACGAAUACAACUGUCAAGUAGUCAGUUAAAUUUCACUAUUUUACGAAUAUAUGGUAAACCGUCAACAGUAGAUCUUAUCCAAUGGAGUGAGCGAGCGCAGCGAGCGAACGAGUACAAAAAUCAGCUAUACAAGGCAAACUGACCCCGAGCGAGCUUUACAGCUAGUUUUAUAUUAUUUAGAAAAAUUACUUGGACCUAUUGAAAUUUUGUGAACCUCCCAUUCGAUGGAUUUCAGAGACUACAUAACUUUAAUUGGUUACGUAUUAAUAAUGUAAGUUUUAUUUGCCGUAUAAGGAUGCAGAAAUUCAUGUACGUAAGUACAAUACUUGGGUGGUCCUUACUUGUGGGUCGAAAAACAAAGCAGGCCAUAAAAAAAAAAUUUGGUUGUAAUAUUUAUAUUAUAUCAAUUUGUUUUUUUUCUGUUCAAUAUCCUAUUAUUUAAGAAACACCGGUAAGAAUGUCUGACUUGUUUAUACUUUCACAAUUCGUGUAUGACAAGAAAAAAAAAGUUCUUCGCCGGAAUUUCUUUUCAUGUGCUUGUGGAGGCAAGUGAUCCCAUUGAUGUAUAGGCUUGAAA